AUGCGCUGCUCGCGCUGCCACAACGUCGCCUACUGUGGAGCGCAGCACCAGAAGGACCACUGGCGUACCCACAAGCCCGCCUGCACCCUCAAUGCCCGUCCGACCAUCCCCUCCUCCCCCUUCCCCUCGUCCGACAUCCUCGACCCGGCGGCCACAGUGUCCAAGUUGGCGGCCGAGGACCGCGGGCCAUACAGCGACCUCAUGCAGGGCGUGACGACCAUGACGCCCGCCACCAUGAUGUCGGCCCUCACGCCCUUCUCCGAGUCGCUCUCGAAGGACGAGACGUACCAGCGCCUCAUCGACGCGUUCCGGCUGUGGUGCGACGACCUGUACGCGUUUCAGGGCGACCACAUCGGCCUGUACGCCCAGGACGACCCGUACCCCGAGUUCGUGCGCUUCGUCAAGAAGGCGCGCAAGCACCUCCCGAGCUGGUGGACCAACGCCGACGACAAGGCCGUCCUCAAGAUGAGCACGACGCACGAUCACUUCAACCUGCAGUACGCCGUCGAGAAGAGCGACAUCAACGAGCACUAUGGCUCGUCAAUGUUCGCCAUGGGCCUGCGCAUGUGGACCGAGAAGGUGACGGGUCGUCGAAGUGGCUGA